GGAGGAGGAUGCGAAGGAGGCCUGGGCUCAUCUGGCCCGGCCGGCAUCUGGCAGGUCCGGAGUUAGGCCAGGAAAAGUCCCGGCACAAAACCAGCCACCCUGCCUGCCGAGACCGCAGGUCCGGAGAGGGGGAGCGAGCCGGGGUGGUCUCUGCGCGGCGGGGCUCCUGGCUUUGUCUGGUCAAGGCGCACACGCCGCGGUCAGGUCACUCUGACCACGGGCUCGUCUUCUGUAGUUGGCUGCUCAGCCCCUGUGGACCCAGAAUCGCUCCGUCCCGCCUAGUUUUCCCUCGCGGAUCUUUGCAGAGUGGCGUUUGGGUUCACCCCUCCUGAGGGCUUGAUUACAAACACAGGCGCUCCCAGAAUCCUUUAACUUUGGAGUCAGUGAAACGUCUCAUAGCAGAAGGUAAUAAAGAAGAACUACAGAAAUGUUUUGGGGCCCGAAUGGAGUUUGGGACAGCAGGCCUUCGAGCUGCUAUGGGAGCAGGAAUUUCUUGUAUGAACGACCUGACCAUCAUCCAGACCACACAGGGAUUUUGCAGAUACCUGGAAAAACAAUUCAGUGACCUGAAGCAGAGAGGCGUUGUGAUCAGUUUUGAUGCUCGAGCUCACCCCCCAAGUGGAGGCAGCAGCAGAAGGUUUGCCCGGCUUGCUGCAACCACAUUUAUUAGUCAGGGGAUUCCCGUGUACCUCUUUAAUGAUAUAACUCCCACCCCCUUCGUGCCCUACACAGUGUCACAUUUGAAACUUUGUGCUGGAAUCAUGGUAACUGCCUCUCAUAAUCCAAAGCAAGAUAAUGGUUAUAAGGUCUACUGGGAUAAUGGAGCUCAGAUCAUCUCUCCUCACGAUAAAGGAAUUUCCCAAGCUAUCGAAGAAAAUCUAGAGCCAUGGCCUCAAGCUUGGGAUGAUUCUUUAAUUGAUAGCAGUCCACUUCUCCACAACCCAAGUGCUUCUAUCAAUAAUGAUUAUUUUGAAGACCUUAAAAAAUAUUGUUUCCACAGGAGCGUGAACAGGGAGACCAAGGUGAAGUUUGUGCACACCUCUGUCCAUGGAGUGGGUCAUAACUUUGUGCAGUCGGCUUUCAAGGCUUUUGACCUUGUUCCUCCUGAGGCUGUUCCCGAACAGAAAGAUCCUGAUCCUGAGUUUCCAACAGUGAAAUACCCGAAUCCUGAAGAGGGAAAAGGUGUUUUGACUUUAUCUUUUGCUUUGGCUGACAAGACCAAUGCCAAAAUUAUUUUAGCGAAUGACCCAGAUGCUGAUAGACUUGCUGUGGCAGAAAAGCAAGACAGCAAUGAAUGGAGAGUGUUUUCUGGCAAUGAGUUGGGGGCCCUCCUGGGUUGGUGGCUCUUUACUUCCUGGAAAGAAAAGAACCAGGACCGCAGUGCCCUCAAAGACACAUACAUGUUAUCCAGCACUGUCUCCUCCAAAAUCCUGCGGGCCAUCGCCUUAAAGGAGGGUUUUCACUUUGAGGAAACAUUAACUGGCUUUAAGUGGAUGGGAAACAGAGCCAAACAGCUAAUAGACCAGGGGAAAACCGUCUUAUUUGCCUUUGAAGAAGCUAUAGGGUAUAUGUGCUGCCCUUUCGUUCUGGACAAAGAUGGAGUCAGCGCCGCUGUCAUCAGCGCGGAGUUGGCCAGCUUUCUAGCAACCAAGAAUUUGUCUUUGUCUCAGCAGCUGAAGGCCAUCUAUAUGGAGUAUGGCUACCAUAUUACCAAAGCUUCCUAUUUUAUCUGCCAUGAUCAAGACAUCAUUAAAAAAUUAUUUGAUAACCUCAGAAACUAUGACGGAAAAAACAAUUAUCCAAAAACUUGUGGCAAAUUUGGUAUUUCUGCCAUCAGGGACCUUACCACUGGCUAUGAUGACAGCCAGCCUGAUAAAAAAGCUGUUCUUCCUACUAGUAAAAGCAGCCAGAUGAUCACCUUUACCUUUGCUAAUGGAGGUGUGGCCACCAUGCGAACCAGCGGGACAGAGCCCAAAAUCAAAUACUAUGCGGAACUGUGUGCCCCUCCUGGAAACAGGGAUCCUGAGCAGCUGAAGAAGGAACUGAAUGAGCUAGUCAGUGCUAUUGAAGAACAUUUUUUCCAGCCACAAAAGUACAAUCUCCAGCCCAAAGCAGAAUGAAGUAUUCCAGCCUGGCGCAGUUACAGUUACUAACAGUUAAGCUGAGUUUGAUUUGUUAAGCAGUAUUUUUGAGGACCAUAUGAUUCAAAUUAUUGAUAGAAGUAUUUGUAUUUUUUUUUAAAUGUGUUCUUCAUUGAUUCAUGUUUGAUCUUUAAGGUGCAUAAAGAAAAGUUUGCCAAACCUAACAACAAACUAACAUUCCUAUUAAAAAGUGAGCCUGAGGCUGGGCGCGGUGCCUCAGCCUGUAAUCCUCGCACUCUGGGAGGCUGAGGUGGGGGUGGAUCACUUUGCCUCAGGAGUGGGAGACAGGCCUGAGCAAGAGUGAGCCCUCAUAUCUCUACUAAAAAUAGAAAAAAUAGCUGGGCAUGGUGGUGAGUGCCUGUAGUCCCGGCUACCUGGGAGGC